CAUCCUCAUUUGUGUUCAUGUGGGUUUUCCUGUCAGUUCCUCAUAUUAAUUAGAACCAGUCUUCAGUCUUCUUGAGAGAACGUUCGCUUCCAUAUCAAGGAAUCAUUCCAGACAUUUUAAAAGCAAACACCAAACCGUAUUAAUUCAUAAUACUGAGUGAAUCUGCCAUGAACCCCAAAUAUUCUCUCAUUGUGUUAUUUCUGCUGUUUCUGAAAGGUUUAUUUGCUCAGAAUGACACUGUGGUUUUUAACCCUGGAUCAGUUUGUGCUCCUGCAGGAUCAACUGUGGCUCUGGGGUCCACAUGUUUAUUAUAUCCUGGAUGGACAUUUAAGUCAUGGAAACUCAGAAUAAAUAAUACUGAAACUCUAGCAGAUCCCAGUAAGGACUCCCGGUACAGAUAUAUAAAUUUAUUUGACAGGUGUUACCUACUAAUUCAUGGUCUAAAAGAGACAGACGCUGGCACAUAUUACACGAGCUUCAUUAACAGAAUUGGAGACACCACAUUUACCUCAAACAGUCCAUCAGAAUUCACUGUACAUGUCACAGAUCUUCAGGUGUCUGUGGACUCUGAUCGUGUGACUGAAGGUCAGAACGUCACACUGACCUGUAAGACCAGCUGUCCUCCAAAACAAACCUUCAUCUGGUUCAAGAACGGGCUUCGUUUGGAUCUCCGUUAUUCCGGAGAUCAGCUGCAUGUUUCUGCGGUGAGCCGCGAGGAUUCAGGACGAUACUCGUGUGCACUGGAACGCUUUGAAACGUUCCCGUCGGCCGAGACGCUCCUCGAUGUCACCUAUGUGGCGUACGAUAGCGUUGGAACCAUAACUCUGUUGUAUCUCCUGAUUCCUGUCGUUCUGCUGCUGGUUUGUCUAGCUCUGUGGAUGAUAAUGAAAAAACAACAAAACCUGAGAAGACCUAAAAGAAAAGAAAAAAACAGAGAGAAUGACACUGUGUACGAAAACGAGCAGACACUGUUGGAUUGGCACGAUGCAUCUGAGCACACUUGUGUUUAUUUCAGGCUUCACAGUAAACUGCACCGUAAAACUUUUGCAGAGGAUACUGUAUGUCACAUGACAUUGCUGCCCCCUAGUGAACAUCGCAACAACAAGAGUAUUCUUGUAUAGUACACAAACAGAAUUUGUUUCUAUAGGCUACAUGCUGUAUAUAUUUAAUGUUUUUUGAAAGCGUUAUUCUUUCAAGUAUCUGCUCUGAUUCUUUUUGAUCAUCGGUUUUCUUUUUGACAAACUUUUUGACAAAAUGUAAAAUAGUUAGGCGACUCAAAGUGCCAAUGCAUGCAAAUAAAAGCCUUAUGAGUGCAGUGAAGUGUUCAUCUGCAGACACACCUCUGACAUCCUGUUUGCAUCAGAAACACACUAUAAGGUUAAAGGUCGAAAAGUCUCCUUGGUUAUAAACUUUAUUUCAUUCCACACUCAAAAAAAAAAAAAAAAAAAAAAAAAUGUUGCAUUGGUUUGGUUUUCUAGGAGUGCAGUAAAAUAAGAUUAGAUAGAUGGUCAUGAUAACAUUCAUAAAUGUGCUGCACAUUAAUUUGCAUUUCUUUCCAACCAUAAAAUGCUCAGCUGUUUCUUUUCCUGAAAUAAGCUCUGCAACUUAUGGUAAAAAAAGAUAUGCUGUGAUUUUAUUCAAAUGCCUUAUUUUGAUGUCUAAUUUAAAAUAUUGGUAUAAAGAAACAUGUACUUUAAUUUCACAUCUGCUACUGUAGAUGUAAAAUGCACAGAUAAUCAUACAGUUCAGAGAUUAAUCUAACCACAUUAAAUACAGCAAGGAAUAAAUAAUAUAAUCAUACAUUUUUUUUUUUUUAGAGUGCCUUGAAAAUAGGCUACUUGUCAUUUCUUCCACAAAGUCAUUGAUGAGUUACAAUAAGAGUAGAUUUAUCUGAAGCAGAAUACAACAUCUGUUCAUUAUCUUGCACUAUACAAAUAAAUUAAGAGGAUAGUGCUGGCCGUGAUGAGCGAUACUGUUCAGGAUCAAUGCCGAUCUGGAGCUACUCAUCGCUAACUCUCGGUGUCCAUCAACGUUAGCAUCUCGAGUCUGUGAAAACAUGAAUGUCAAGCAAAUUAAAGUGACUUUGAAAAAAAAACCCUGAAGUAAACCUCGUAUCCAGAAGCCUGUUUGUAGACCAUAACAGGCCUGAUUGUUGAAGAAAUCAAAGUUGUCAGUUUUAGUAUUUAGCAAAUGCCGUCUUUUUCUUUCAUACUAAGAAUUCUGCAUUUUUCAUACUAUGGAUCAUUGCAAAGUUAUCCAAAAUUAAAACCUUAAUUAUGCUGUAAUUACUAAUGUAAAUGAGAUAAGUCAUGCACUUUAAAAAAACAAAUCCAUAAAAUAACAGAAAAAGCACUGGCAGCUAAUUACACAUUAUCCAUUUCAAUUUUAUGGACAUUUCAUUUAACUCUAAAAUACUUUAAAAUUCUAAAUACUGGUAAAACACCUGUAAAAAAUAAACAAUCCUUCAAAUUA